CCUUACAGGGCCAGGCCCACCUCUAUAUAUAGCCCACCGAGACAGCUGCGGAGACCAGCAGGCAAGCAGGAAACACAGAGAGGAGGCCCCUGGCACCCCUGGUCGCUGCACCCUAGGCCGCUCACCAUGGCGCUGGGCUUGGAGCAGGCGGAGGAGCAGCGGCUGUACCAGCAGACGCUCCUGCAGGACGGGCUCAAGGACAUGCUGGACCACGGCAAGUUCCUGGACUGCGUGGUGCGGGUGGGCGAGCGCGAGUUCCCGUGCCACCGCCUGGUGCUGGCCGCCUGCAGCCCCUACUUCCGGGCGCGCUUCCUGGCCGAGCCCGAGCCGGCGGGCGAGCUGCGCCUGGAGGAGGUGGCCCCCGACGUGGUGGCGCAGGUGCUGCACUACCUGUACACGUCGGAGAUCACGCUGGACGAGGCGAGCGUGCAGGACCUGUUCGCCGCGGCGCACCGCUUCCAGAUCCCGUCCAUCUUCACCAUCUGCGUGUCCUUCCUGCAGAAGCGCCUGUGCCUCUCCAACUGCCUGGCCGUCUUCCGCCUCGGGCUGCUGCUGGACUGCGCGCGCCUGGCCGUGGCCGCCCGCGACUUCAUCUGCGCGCGCUUCCCGCUCGUGGCGCGCGACGCCGACUUCCUCGGGCUCUCGGCCGACGAGCUCAUCGCCGUCAUCUCCAGCGACGACCUCAACGUAGAGAAGGAGGAGGCGGUGUUCGAGGCGGUGAUGCGGUGGGCGGCCAGCGGCGACGCCGAGGCCCAGGCCGAGCGCCAGCGCGCGCUGCCCACCGUCUUCGAGAGCGUGCGCUGCCGCCUGCUGCCGCGCGCCUUCCUGGAGAGCCGCGUGGAGCGCCACCCGCUCGUGCGCGCCCAGCCCGAGCUGCUGCGGAAGGUGCAGAUGGUGAAGGACGCGCACGAGGGCCGCCUCACCGUGCUGCGCAAGAAGAAGAAGGAGAAGGGGAAGGAGGCAGCCGGGCCCCAGGCGGCCGGCAAGGGCACCGGCGACGCCAAGGCCGAGGGGGAGGAGGAGGACGAGCGCGUCCUCCCUGGCAUCCUCAACGACACUCUGCGCUUCGGCAUGUUCCUGCAGGACCUCAUCUUUAUGAUCAGCGAGGAGGGCGCCGUGGCCUACGAUCCGGCGGCCAAUGAGUGUUACUGUGCCUCCCUCUCCACUCAGAUCCCCAAGAACCACGCCAGCCUGGUGACGAAGGAGAACCAGGUCUUCGUGGCCGGGGGCCUCUUCUUCAACGAGGACAACAAAGAAGACCCCAUGAGCUCUUACUUUUUGCAGUUUGACCACCUGGACUCAGAGUGGCUGGGGAUGCCGCCGCUGCCCUCGCCGCGCUGCCUCUUCGGCCUGGGAGAGGCUCUCAACGCCAUCUACGUGGUCGGCGGCCGGGAGCUCAAGGAGCGGGAGAGCAGCCUGGACUCGGUGCUGUGCUACGACCGCCUGUCGUUCAAAUGGGGGGAGUCGGACCCGCUGCCCUAUGCGGUGUACGGCCACGCGGUGCUCUCCCAUAUGGACCUUGUCUACGUCAUUGGCGGCAAAGGCAGCGACCGGAAGUGCCUCAACAAGAUGUGCGUCUAUGACCCUAAGAAGUUCGAGUGGAAGGAGCUGGCUCCCAUGCAGACGGCCCGGUCACUCUUCGGGGCCACCGUGCACGAUGGCCGCAUUUUUGUGGCCGCCGGGGUCACGGACACGGGGCUGACCAGUUCCGUGGAGGUGUACAGCAUCACGGACAACAAGUGGGCGCCCUUUGAGGCCUUCCCGCAGGAGCGCAGCUCACUCAGCCUGGUCAGCCUAGCGGGCACCCUCUAUGCCAUCGGUGGCUUUGCCACUCUGGAGACUGAAUCUGGGGAGCUGGUCCCCACAGAGCUCAACGACAUCUGGAGAUACAACGAGGAGGAGAAGAAGUGGGAAGGUGUUCUGCGGGAGCUUGCCUAUGCCACCGGCGCCACCUUCCUACCCGUGCGACUCAACGUGCUGCGCCUGACCAAGAUGUGAGCAGCCCGGGGGGCCUGAACUCAGCACCGUCCCACCCCGUGGCCCACACAGGCCAGGCCUCCUGGGGGCUCCAGGGAGGAGGCUGGGAGAGGCCAGAGCCCACCUGGACCUGUUGUAAUGGCCGAGUGGCUGCCUCAGCUGGGAAGGUAAUAGCUGCCCAGCCCUAGCCUUGGGGCAGGGAUGAGGAAUUUAAGGCCUCUCUGGGGUCUCCGGUCUCCACCAUGUCCCCCCGUUCUUGAGCCAGAACCACAGGGACAUCAUCCCCGGCUGCAUCCCGGCCCUGUCCCAGCCCGGCUGUGUGCCUGCAAAUUCCCCACAAGCCCCAGUCCUGGCUGUCAGAGGGGGACGGUCCCCACCGAGUGCUCCCUGCAACACAGAUAGGGCUCCUUCUGUGAGAAGAAUAAAGUGCCUUCUGAGCGGGCAGCUCAGGGUCCGGAAGCCGGGGCUCCAAGA